CCCCCCCCCCCCCCCCCCCCCCCCCCCGGGCUGCUAUCGACCAACCACCCCGUGUUUCCGACCCGUGUUCGGAGAGACGGUUCCGACUGGAACAUUCACCAACAUGUGACCCUCCGAGCUGCAGGGACCUACUUUAGAAUUACUUUUGAAUCAAACUUGAGAUUUGACUUGGAUGUUUGCAAAGGAAGAAUUAACAGGAAACGUGUCAGUUAAAGAAGUAAAUGUGUGAGAGGGAGAGUUUUCACUUAUUUUAGUCAACACGGACAAUCUUAUAUUUUAUCAGGGAACAUUUUAUUGAAGUCAGAUCUCAUCUCACGACCCCUCGGAUCUGUACCAUGAUCCCUUGUGGGGGUUUGAGGAAACACCUGCCACGAUGUUUAUGUCAAAACUCUUCAUUACUCGGAUUAAACAUUAAUUCUGACCAUGGAAACAAAAAUUUGACAGUAAAAGAAAAGAAAAAAAAUCAGUGGAUCAAUCUGCUGCUGAAGACAGUGGGGUGACGCACAUGAAGGGAUAUGAAAAAUGUCCAUUUGUAUGUUUGUAUUUUGCUCUUCUGUUUUGAUGCCAAAGAGCAACGAUUCCAUCGGUGGAAGUUUGUCCCUGUCUGGCUGCCAUGACGACCUUGAUUAUUUUUGUCAAAAACUUGUUUUAUAUCCGUGUUUUUGUUUAAAGGAGUUUCAAAAGUAUCCAAAUUCAUUUAAACAUGUCAGAAAAUGAAUGUUAUCAUAUAAAGUUGAUUGAAAUCUGAUCAGUGUUCAGCCAAACGUGCUGUAACGUCUCUGUAACCAUGGCAGCAGGGUCACAUGAUGCUGUGAUGUCAUCAAAGAAAGGGGAGAGAUCUUCACUCACACCCUCAGAGGGGGAUGAUAAUAUUAUCUGCCAAUUGUAUUUGAUGAAGAACUACACUUCCCACAAUGCUUUGCUCCACAGUGCCGCUCACACUGAUCAUAUUUACGUUCCGGUAGUUCUUCAACUCUUCCCUGGUCGAUCCACCGCAUCACGUGACCACUGGCUGCGUUGCUCACAACUACUUCCUAAUAACCAACAGUAUGACCAGUGACGACAUGUCUGUGGAAGAUGAUAAUAAAACAACUAAUGGGAGAGGAACCUGUUUCUUUAUUAUGUCGCAGUGGAAAUAUCUGCAGCUGUUUUAAGAAUAUUUCUGCAUUAUUCUUUAUAAUUUUUUUCUUGUUGUCCACUGUUCUGUCUUUCUUGACCUCGACAGAUUCACCGUGUUUCCAGAACUCCGUUGUUGGUGAGUUUUUGGGGAAUUUGACCUGCAACAGGUUCACUCUGCAACAGUUUGAUUAAUUUAAAAAUUUGUUGUAAAUAACUUAUAGAGGGAUGUAUUUCAGUAGUAUUGAGAUGCUUCAGUUUAUAUCCAGCUCAUAUUUUCAUCACCAAUACAUCUGACAAUGAUUCUUCCACAGUAACAAAUUAUUAUUGUUGAUCAUUAUUCAGAUUUCAGUGUGGAUCCUUUUCCCCUGAAACAAACAAUGAAAAACCUUGUAAAAAUUUUGACUUCACUUUCAUAGAAAGCAGAAUUAGCAAAUAAUCACAUAUUCAAAGCGGGUGGCUGCGAUUUUAGAUUUGUUUAAAAUAUCAAUUAUCAAUUCGAGUUCACAGCAAUUGAUUGAAAUUUGAUUGUUUUUUUUCAUCUCAUUGGCUUACUGUAAAAUAUUGUUUAUAUAUAUUUUUUUACAUUUCAAGUUAAAUAACUUUAAAUGUGAUUUGUUAUUAUUUUCCAACCACUGUAGAAAUGACAAACAUUUGUCUUUCGGAGUUCGUUUGACUUGAUGUGGAGUUUAAUGAAUUAACUACCAGGCUUCCCAGCAUGCAUUGUUAUGACGGACAAGUAACUUCCGGUUUAUGUCAUUGUUCUGCAGUUACCUACCUUUCCACUAGAGGGCAGUUGAGAGUUCGUCCUCGAGGAAUUGUGAGUAAAUGGAGCUAAACAAAAAAAAUAAAUAAAUAGAUGAUGUACUACACUGACUUCUAGACAAAAAUAAAAAAAUUUUUUAAUUUAGGCAAAUAUAAUAUCCAUUGUUAUUAUAAUAUCAUAAUUAAAUUGCGCAAUAAAAUACUAACAUCCAUUGAAUUCAGGCCGUACCCCCAACAAACUUAACUUGCAGUUUUAUAAAACUCUGGGAGCACUUUGUCUUUAUCGUACUUACAAUAGAAAGCACAAUAUUUCCUGCUGAAAUAUCACGUUGUGGAAUUUAUAAGUCAUACAACAACACGUAAAAGAAUAUAAGUGGUUUCUGAAAUCUUGUGAUGUGUGAAUUUGAAGUUGUAAAUGUGUUGUGUUCUCUGGCCCUUGUUUUCAUAACAUAAAAUGUAAUUUUUUUUGCUUCCAACUUGGUUAAUAUUAAAAAUCAGACUUCAAUAAAAAAAUAUACAUUAUUAAAGUAAUUUUGAUUAAAUGCUUUGACUUUGCUGCUUUGUUAUUUUCAGCGUAGAGCUCAUGUUUCCGAUUCAGCUCUUUCACAUGUGGAAGUGAAGCGGCUGAGUUCUGUAAGUGUGUGUUUUCUGAGGAGGAAACUAGUUGAGCAACUCCAUUUGCUUUCUCAAACAUUAGAAAGGCUCUGCCCUAACACACGCACGCACGCACGCUCGUACCUCCCAUCACACUGUUGGACAGCAAACACACACACAGCAGUUAGUUUCCAACUGCUGACGAGAGGAGAUGAGGCGAAUUUAGAGGCACGGAAUGCACAAGGCCGGACGAGCAGACAGCUGAGCGGGUCCGAGGGUCGUCAUGUCCAUCAGCGUGAAUCUGAGGAGGAUCUCCAACCUGCCGGGACGCUCCGACAGAAAAGUGGAACUCUGUUUCCGAGGUUUCAUCCAGAAGACCAGAGUCCUGCAGAGUGAGAACGUGGCCAUCUUCAACGAGAAUUUCCGUUGGCCUCAUUAUGGUAAAAUGAUCAAAGAUGAAGUUUUGUCCAUCAGUGUUUACAACUGCAGUAAAGUCUUCUCCAACAGACUGCUCGGUAAGCUCGUCGUCAGUCUCCAGCAUGUCAUUACCUCGGGGAGGCUGUUGCUACGGGAACCGCUCACCGAUGCCAAUUACAGCCUGACUGAUAUCUAUAUAGAGCUGGAUAUUCACUAUCAUCCAGUCGAGGGAUCUGCAGGAAAGUGGGACGGACUCGACUUCCUGAAGGCCGAAGACAAAGAUGAAUCAGCUCUGGUCAUCAGGAAUGAUGGAUUUGAUGACCCAGAGAGUCAGAACACUUUAAUUCGCCCGGAUCAGCUGGAGCGGGAGGUUCGCCGUCUGGGGCGAAGCCUGCUCGGGACUGGCGAUGAAGACGACGACUGCGACGAUGAUUAUGAUGAAGACCUGAUGGACCUGGAGGCGUCCAACAUUACCGUCACUCCUCUGCUGAGUCGGUGCAGGCCGCUGUCCAGAAGCGUUGUUGCCGCGACACCCAGAGUGCAGAGCUUCCAGGUGAAUGUAAACAUCCUGGAGGCUCAGAAGCUGGUCGGCGUGAACAUCAGUCCUGCAGUUUUCAUCAGGGUUGGAGAUCAGAAAAGACACACAGCGACGCAGAAAUCCACCAACUGCCCCUUCUACAAUGAGAACUUCCAGUUUGAGUUUCAGGAGGCUCCACAGAUCCUCUUUGACAAAGUCAUAGAGAUUAAGGUGUUCCACAGGCGGACUCUGGCCUUCCUGAUGACCCACAUUGGGACAUUUAAGAUUGACAUCUCCACCGUUUACAACCAGCCAGACCACCGCUUCUACCAGAAGUGGGCUCCUCUCACUGACCCGGCAGACACCAGGUCAGGGAUCAAGGGUUACGUCAAGGCCAGCCUCAGUGUGCUGAUGAAGGGAGACGCCAUGAGCAUGGCGAGUCUGCUACCGACCUCCACGUCUGGAGCCAGCGAGGACAUAGAAAAGAACCUGCUGCUUCCUCGUGGUAUGGCCUCCGAGCGUCCGUGGGCUCGUUUCCGUGUCCGUAUCUACAGGGCCGAGGGUUUGCCCACCAUGGACUCGGGUCUAAUGGCCAAGAUGUCAAAGGUCACUGACCGGACAGUCUUCAUUGACCCUUACGUACAAGUGACCUUUGCAGGACAACAGGGGGAGACAACGGUCGCCAGUGUCACCAGCUGUCCAGUUUGGAACGAGGAGAUCAACUUCAUUGAACAGUUUCCUCCUCUGGCUCAACGAAUCAGAGUCCAAAUCCUUGAUGAUGCCAAGAUGGGAGACAUCGCCCUGGCAACACACUUUCUGGAUCUGCAGCAGAUUUCUGACCCCACCAGGAAUGGCUUCAACCCUACCUGUGGUCCCUGUUGGGUCAACCUGUAUGGUUCUCCGCAGAACUCCACCCUCGGAGACGUCCACCAGGCUUUGAACCAGGGUCUUGGUGAAGGAAUCUUUUAUCGUGGUCGAAUCCUCCUAGCCCUCUCCGUGGAGGUUUACACAUCGCCAUCCGGUGUCACAGCAGAUAUAGGCACAGCCGCUCUGGGAAAGGUGAAGGGAACACUGGGGAAGCUGGGACUGAGGAGGAAGAGGAGCAGCAAGAAGAAGCAAAAUGAAGCAUCCAUAGCUGCCAGUGGACUGGUCAGUGAGUCUGGGGACGCAGGAGUUGAGGUGCCAGAGGUUGUUGCCGUGGAGACUGAGGAAAUCCACCCACUCCCUGAGGGUUUCCUGGGGGAGCGGGAGGACUUCCUGCUGUUCGCGUCUCUGUUUGAAUUCACUAUGAUAGACCCGUCUGUAGGGACCAAACCAUUGACCUUUGAACUCUCUAUAGGGAAUUAUGGGAAAGUGGUAUCGGUGAGGCGAUCCAAGAAGAGCCAGAGCAGGGAGGAGCUGAGGAGGAGCAGAGAGGAGCUGAGGAGUAGCAGGGAGAAUCUGAAUGAGGACGAGCAGGGUCUGCUGGAGUCAGAGGAGGAGCUGGACAGAGAGGAGGUGCUGAGUCUCGAACCUGAGAACAGAUCAGUGUCCGUUGCCAUGAAACCCCAGCCCACAGAGUACGACAGAUCAUACCAGUGUCUUCCCCUCCAGCCCCCCUCUUUGAAACAGAAGCCCUGUCUGUUUGUGUGGAGUCAGUUUGAAGAUCACAGCUUUCGUCUCCAUCAGGCAAACUGGCUCAGCAAGAUGGCCGACAGACUGGAGAUUGGUCUUGAUGAGGUUGAACGACUCCUGAGGAGGCCGAGGAGUAAUGCGAAGGAGCGUUUGGUGGAGGUGUUGCUGGAGAUGGUUGCCUCCUGCAAACAGUUUAAUAUUUUUGCAGAAAGGAGGUCUCAGUCCCGUCCCAACAACCUGGACCGAUGUAGGAAGGAGUUUAUCAAGAAGAAUUUGGUCCUGCUGGCCAGACAGGCAGUCAGGGCCAAGCGGAGGAUCACUAGGCGGACGGCCAAACAGCGGUUGAUGGAUGCCAGGAAACUCCUGAAGAAACUCCGCCUUCUGGCUAAAGAGCCCCAGAAUACCAUCCCUGAUGCGUUUCUAUGGUUACUGAGUGGAAGCAAGCGAUUGGCUUAUGUCAGGAUCCCCGCCCACUCCAUAUUUUUCUCGUUGGUGGAGGAGCAGAAGGGGCGGGACUGUGGCCAAGUCACCACCUUGUAUAUGAAGUCUCCGGGAAGUUCAGCCAGCGAGAUCUUUGCGAAGCUUGAGGUCUACCUGUGGCUCGGUCUGGCCAAGUACAGCAAAGUGGCCACCAACAGCUUGCCGGAAGAGUUCCUGCCAGUCUACGAGGAGGAGGAGGAGGAGCUGAGGAGGCUUGUCCCCGCUGGGAAGAGGACGCUUCCUGUGAGUCUGUCCUGCCAGGACAGCAGGUUCUUCCAGCUACGAUGUCACCUCUACCAGGGCCGUGGCCUGAUGGCAGCUGACGACAACGGCCUGUCAGAUCCCUUUGCCAAGGUCCUUUUCUCUACCCAGUGCCAGGUCACCAGGAUGUUGUCUGACACGCUCUCUCCAGCCUGGUGUGAGUGUUUGUUGUUCGACCAAGUCUUGCUGGAGGGAACGAGGGAGGAACUCGAACGAGACCCACCCCUCAUCAUCAUUAACAUCUUUGACUACGACUCGAUGGGCAGUCCGAAGCCACUGGGUCGGGCGUUUGCCGAGCCGGAGUUUAAACCUGUUGAGCAGUUCUACAAGAAGCCCAGCCUCCGCUUCUUUGACAUCAACCUUGGUAGGGCCCCUGCCGGCGAGCUGUUGGCUGCCUUCGAACUCAUCGAGCUGGACUACUCUGGGCUUGGAGAGCCCUGCCUCCCCAGCAGCGUGGACCCUCAGGAAUUGACCUACGUGGAGGAGCAGAAAUAUUACGCCAUCCCAGAAGGAGUCCGACCUGUUCUGAAGACCUUCAGGAUCGAGGUGCUGUUCUGGGGUCUGAGGGAGUUGAAGCGGGUGCAGCUCUUUGAGGUGGAGCGCCCCCUGGUGAGGGUGGAGUGUGCAGGACGACAGCUGGAGUCUGAAGAGAUCGAGAGCUACAAGGUUCACCCCAACUUCAAAGAGCUGGUCCGCUACAUUGACGUGGAGCUGCCGGAGCAGGCCUACCUCCACCCUCCUCUGACACUGUUUGUGGUGGAACAUCGAGCCUUCGGUCGACUCGCUCUGGUCGGGUCCCACGUGGUUCAGAGUCUCAUGUACUACGCCCCGCCUGAGCUCGGGGGCAGGGAGGAGGAGGAAGAGGAGGAGCCUAAACAAAAAGCUUCUGUAGUGCGGAAGAAUACAGCGAAGGUCAACUCUCUGACGUCGGUCAAGAAGAUGGGACUCAGCACCCUGUCAAUCAAACAGUCAAAGAUUCCCAUGAACACCAUCAAGCUGUAUCCUCUGAAGAAGCUGAUGAAGAAAAAGGAGGAGCUGGAGGAGGAGAUGCCGGAGAAGGAGGAGUUGGACUGGUGGUCGAAGUACUACGCUUCACUGGAUGAGAUGGAGAGAAAGGCUGCUAAAGAGGAGGAGGAGUCGGAGGAACAAGCAGAUACAGAUGGAGCGAAUCUGACCAUGGCGAACAUCGAAGAGGAGGAAGAGGAUGAAACUGUGGUGAUUGAGAUCGAACCUCCAAAACGCAAGGCGAUCGCCACAUUGAAGAUGUAUGGAGGCGACCUGGAGUCGGAGUUCAGUCAGUUUCAGGACUGGCUGCAGAUCUUCCCGCUGUAUAAAGGCCGGUCGUGCGCUGAAGACGAGGAGGAUGACGAUGAGGAGAGAGUAAUGGGAAAAUACAAGGGCUCCUUCCUGGUUUAUCCGAUCAAUGCAGAGGACACGGAAGACACCAAGUGUCAGAUCACAGAGGGAAUCCCCAAAAAUUCCCCCAUCAAAGUCUUAGUCCGAGUCUACGUUGUCAAGGCCACCAGUCUGGCUCCCACCGACCCGAAUGGUAAAGCUGACCCGUACCUGGUGAUCAAAGUCGGACAGCAGAGUCUGGACACCAAAGAUCGAUACAUCCCCAAACAGCUCAACCCCACGUUCGGAGAGGUGUUUGAACUCACCGUGUCCUUCCCACUGGAGACGGAGCUGGCCGUCACGGUGAUGGACCACGAUCUCGUGGGCUCCGACGACGUCAUCGGCGAGACGCGGGUCGACCUGGAGAACCGGUUCUACAGCCGCCACAGAGCCUGCUGUGGUCUGGCUCUUCACUACGACACCGACGGCUACAAUAUGUGGCGGGACGCUAAGAAGCCGACCACCAUCUUGGCUGAGCUCUGCCGGGAGAACAGCAUCCCGUCUCCGGAGUACAGAGCGACCGAGGUCAAAGUCCUCAACAAGAUCUUCAAAAUCCCACCGGAUGCAGUACCCGAAGCUCUGCUGAAGAAGAACCAGCCGUCCCCAGAGGAGAAUGCAGAGAUGGAGGAGCAUGCGGCCCUGAGUGUGCUGCAGCGCUGGGGGGAGAUGAGGGAGUUCCUCCCUGGUGCGCUCCCUCUGGUCGCGGAGCACGUGGAGAUCCGCUCGCUGCUCAACCAGGACAAGCCUGGACUGCCGCAGGGUUACCUCCAUAUGUGGGUGGACAUGUUCCCUAACGACGUCCCGGCCCCGCCCCCUGUCGACAUCAAGCCCCGCCUACCCGAACAGUACGAGCUCCGUGUUAUCAUCUGGAACACAGAUGAUGUUUUUCUGGACGAUGUCAACCCGUUCACCGGCGACCCGUCGUCCGACAUCUAUGUCAAAGGAUGGAUAAAGGGGCUGGAGGGAAACAAACAGGAGACUGACGUCCACUUCAACUCUCUGACUGGAGAAGGAAACUUCAACUGGAGAUUUCUUUUCCGCUUUGACUACCUUCCUACUGAGAAAGAGGUGGUCUAUAAGAAGAAGGAGUCCUUCUUCUCCCUGGAGGAGUCAGAGUUUCGACAGCCGGCUGUUCUGACGCUGCAGGUGUGGGACUACGACCGCAUCGCAGCCAACGACUUCCUGGGCUCCAUAGAGCUGCGUCUCAACGACAUGGUGCGGCCUGCGAAGUCGUCCGCUCAGUGCUCCAUUGACAUGGCCAAGGACCGGGCGAGCCCCCGGUUCUCCAUCCUGCGCGCCAAGAAGAUGAAGGGCUGGUGGCCGCUGACGCGCCUGAAGACGGCCGAGGACUUCGAGAGGGAGGAGAAGGAGAAGGAGGAGGAGGCCAGGAACAAGAAGAAGAAGAAGAAGGACAAGAAGAGCAAGGACCGGAGGAAAAAGCUGAAACAGGAGCACAUCCAGUUCACCGACAGCAGCGGCAACACUUUCCUGUUGAUGGGGAAGGUCGAGGCAGAGCUACAGCUGGUGACAUUGGAGCAGGCGGAAGCUAAUCCUGUGGGACGGGCCCGCAAGGAGCCGGAGCCUCUGGACAAACCAAACCGACCCACCACCAGCUUCAACUGGUUCGUCAACCCAAUGAAGACCUUCAUCUUCCUCAUCUGGAGGAAGUUCAAGAAGUUCAUCAUCGCCGUGGUCAUCCUCGCCAUCCUCGCCGUCUUCCUCGCCCUCCUCGUCUACACGCUGCCGCAGCAAAUCUCCGCGCUCAUCGUCAACGGAUGAAAAGAAAGACCGUCUCAGGUUUCUGAUCCUGAUCUGAAGUCAUCGUGACUCUAAACUGAUUUCUGUGGAACUCAAUCAGUGAAGCUCAUGAUUUAAUAUAUUCAGCACCACAUUAUCACUGCUGAGAAAUAAUCCGGGUUCCGUGUUUUCUGUCAGACUCGUUCGUGAUCAGAGGAAAUCAGUUGGCAACUAUUACUACGUAUUAAUAUUCUGUCAUUUAAAUAUUGUUCGACUGUAAAACUGUACGACGUACAGCACAUAUCUGAAAUGAUGAAUCAGCACUUUCUCCUAAACUAAAACACAGCUCUGUUGUACACAAGUGUCAUUUUUUUUUUGAUUGAAUAUAGUUUUUAUGUUGAAAGUAAGAAAGUAAGUGAAACAAAGAAAGAACAUUUUGCACUGA